CGCCGGAAGCGGCUCUGUCUCACCCCCCGCCGCCGCCGCCGCCGCCGCCGUUCCUGGGCGCUCACGUGGGGCCGGCGGCGCCUCUUGCCGGGGCCGGGGCGCCAUGAUCCGGGCUGGGAGCCGGCUCUGGGGCCGGGGCGCGGCCGCGCGGGCUCUGUCCACUGUGUCUGGCCAGCCGGGGCGCCCCGAGGCUCCCGCAACCUCCCCACGUCUGCAGGAUGCCGCAUCCCAGGCGGAAAAGCCGCCCCCGAUGACCUCCAGCGCCCCUGUCCUCCGGGAUUGCCGCCUUGCAAUCCCCUCUCACCGCACAGCCAUGCAGGCCUGGGUGGAGUCCCUGAGGCACUAUGAUGACAGACAUGUGGGCCUAGCAGACCUGCAUCCCGAUGUCUUUGCAGUAAUGCCCCGGGUCGACAUUCUGCACUCGGUCGCAGUCUGGCAGAGGAACUACAAGAGGAUAAGCUAUGCCAAGGUGAAGACGCGAGCGGAGGUGCGCGGUGGCGGCAAGAAGCCCUGGGCGCAGAAGGGUAGCGGCCGGGCCAGGCACGGCAGCAUCCGCUCCCCUCUCUGGCGCGGUGGCGGCAUCAUCCAUGGCCCCAGGGGCCCCACCAGCUACUACUACAUGCUGCCCAUGAAAGUGCGGGUCUUGGGCCUCAAGGUGGCGCUGACGGCCAAGCUGAUGCAGGACAACCUGCACAUUGUGGAUGGCCUGGACAUGCCGACCUGUGACCCCCAGUACCUGGCAGACCUAGCGCAAUACAGGCACUGGGGCCAGUCCGUGCUGAUUGUCGACGUCAACAAGAUGCCAGAGAACAUCAUGAAGGCAGCAGCCAGCCUGAAAACCAUCACCCUGGUGCCAGCCCUAGGUCUCAAUGUGCACAGUAUGCUCAAGCACGAGACGCUGGUGCUCACGCUGGACACGCUCGCCUUCCUGGAGGAGAAGCUGCUGUGGCAUGACUCCCGCUACACCGCCCUGUACCCCUUCCGGCUGCCCUACAGCGACUUCCCCUAGCCCCGAGGGACGGCGCCCGCCGCAGGGAGGCCUCUUGGGCGGCUAGCUCGUUGAGUGAGUUGGCCCCACUGAGCGCAUGCGGAAAGGGGACUGGCACCGAGGCAGCUUCCCGCUGCCCUCCCACAAUGCAGCUGGGGGCCGCAAAGUGGCUUGGAAGUGACUGUUCGCUGCCCGGUGGACAGGAGAGAGGCUGGGCCGUGCCCUUGGGGGGGGCAGGGGGGGCUGCCUUCUCCUGCUUGCUGGGAACAUGACUGUUAAACAGCCCAUCCUGCCGAUGCACGGCCAUUAAAGAGCUGCCGCUCUUGCACUGCC